AUGAUGAAUAAGGUCACAUCGCUGGAUUGCCAAUCGGAUGCUCCGUCAGCGCCCAAUCCCACGCCAGUCACCGAGCCUGUCGGUACUCCGUUUGCCAAUGAGUCCGUCGAUCCUCCACCAGAGAUGGACUACGCCGCCGUUGCUAAGAUUCUUGCUCCUAUUCAAGAGUCGCUCAACGAAGCCGCCGAAGAGGCCGGUUAUCCUUCCCCUCCCAUCAACACACCUGUAGUCGGCUCCCCGGAGCCCUCCAUCGUCUACCGCAACCCUACGACUCGCGGCCGCGGCUUUAGCGCCAUCGGCGAUAGACUCGCUCAGCUGAAGCUCGACAACCGCAAGCUACGUCAGCAUGAAGGAGAUGCGGGAUCAGUCAGCUAUUCUCCCGAGCCUUCGGUUGCCGAAGAUGACGAGGCCGACGUUGCCAGCGUUUCGGAGGUAAUGAGCGAUAGCGGCAAGAACAGACACGCUUGUAGGUCUCUUACUCCGAUCAGUGUGACCGAGGGCACAGUGCCUAUCGCCCUGGGCUCUCCUGCCGCCAACCCACGUAUCGCUGAGUACUUGAGCUUCACCUCGGAUGACUUGCCCGCAAGCUCGAUUGCGCCUUGCUUUCCCUCUACCCUGAUGGAGAUGGGCACAUCUUGCGUCGAGCCGGCGGCUCAUGGUGGCAGCGACAGCUUGAGGAGCGAAGGCGUCAGGGAAAAGAGCAACUGGGCUGAGGAGGUCGAGGACGCCGUCAACCGCGCUUUGUUGCGCCUUGAGCAGCUAGCAGCUGAUGAGGUCAAGAUGGAUGCUAGCAAGACGUUUGAGGAGUACUACAUUGCUCGGCUUGCGCGCCUGCUUGGUAGCGACAAGCGAGUAGUUCCUGUCCUUGUUCAGAAGGGCGAGAAGGCAGGCAAGGUCAGCAAAGCCAACAAGUAG